AUGGGCUACUGUGAUCCAGGGGGAGAAAGUAUAGACAACAAUAAAAGGGAUGCCAAAGGAGAAAGCCCAGGAGUAGAUGGGUUCCCAAUUGAAUUCUUUACUACAUGCUGGGAUAAGGUAAAAGCUGAUGUGUUGGAUGCAAUUCUUCAUUUCUUCAGCACAAAUGAAUUAGGAAAUUGUGUAAACUGCAUAGCUGUAACUUUGGUGCCUAAAACUAAGACCCCUACUUAUGUGAAAGAUUAUAAGCCUAUUGCUUGGUGCACCACUGUCUAUAAGAUCAUCACCAAAGUGCUUACUAGUAGACUGAAAAAAUUUUACCUAUGGACAGGGCAAGCUGGGGUGUCAAAAAAUGCUUUGGUAGCUGGGGCAAGGUUUAAGCCAGAUGCUGGAGUUGGACAAACUGCAAGAAAAUGCAUUUGUCAAAACUUUAACGGCUACUGGACCAGUUGGCAAAAGGUUCCAGAAAUUGACAGAGAAAGAAUGUUUCAAGAAUUUAAUACUGCAGAGAUUAUUCCUUCGUGUCCUGGUGAUGCAAUUCGGGCUGCAAAAGGUCUACGCCCCCUGGAUGAUAUUAGCACAGACGAGGAUGCUGAAGAUGAGGACGAAUACGAUGAAGAUGAGUUUUAG